UCUUACAAAAUAAUUCGAAGUAUCUCAAACAAUUAACAAACAUUAACAAACAAAAACAAACAAACACUGUGAAAAAAUGUCUCGUAAUGAAAUUUUGAUAUUUGUGGCAAAGCUGUUUAUGGUUUUCUAUUGUUUUGGAAAGUGCAAUGCUUUUCAAGACACAAGCUGCAAUUCGAUAACGUCUAUCACGGAUUUGGAUCUAAAACAUGAUCAGUGCUUUCUGGAUAAACCAUCGAAUUAUUUACAAUCCAAGGAACGGAGUUAUGAUACAAUGAAACGGUCAGCUAAAAUAAACGGGAUCCGUUUUGACCAUUUAAAUAAUAACUGGGCUAAAACGUUAAGAUCUCAUAAUGGUAAUGUACGCCAGAAUGUUGAGAGUAACAUUCGACGUACUGUUAAAAAUCCUGAAUCAUAUCGAGUUGAUGUACAUCGGGACACUGUCUACGACAGUCGAUUUAAUUCUCGUACAACCAAUGACAGAGGAGUUUCGGCUCAACGAAACAUCCGCGAUUUUGUACGGCAACAACCUCAGCACCGUUUAGGCAAUCGAAUUGAAAAUCGACGAGUUGUAUUGGAUAAUACCAGGGUUGAUCGCCGGCGUAGUUUACCAAAUAACCAAAGAAUUCAACGGGAUUUGGAACAAUUGUCUCGAGAAAAUCUUCGCCGAGUCAAUGAUCAGCAAACUCUUAAUUCAGAACAGAGGUUAAUGCAAGCCCGGCGCAAUAUCCGUAAAUUCGAACGGCAAGUUUCCACAAAUAGGCGUGACAUUCGUCGUGAUGCUUUUGAUGUUGAACGAAGACUUUCAAAAGAUGUUCGUGAAAAGCGCCAAUCCCUUGCCUCCAGAGAAACACGCAAUUCUGAACGAAGAUUAUCUCGUAGCACUUUAGAUGUUACGCGAGAACUUGAGCGCAAAUCUUAUGAUGUCAACGUGGACAGAAAACUUUCAAGGGAAAUUCGCGAUACAAAACGAACAGUUCCUUCAAAUAUUCGAAAUGAACGGCGAUUUUCCCAAGAAUCUCCAGAAAAAUUAUCAAGGGAAACACGUGAAUUUGAAAGAAAACUUUCCCGAGAAGUACUUGAUUCAGAACGCCGAUUUUCAAGACAAAUUCGUGAUUCUGAACGACGCAUAGCUCCCGUCAAUCGUAAUGUAGAAGGUCGAAUUUAUCGCGAAAGUCGAGACAGUGAACGCAAAUUUUCAAACGAAAUCCGCGAUGAUGAACGAAGAUUAUCACGCGAAUCAUUUGAUGCUGAACGACGAUUUUCAAGAGACGCAAGUGAUGCUGAAAGACGCUUGUCUUUAGCAAACCGAGAUGUAAGCCGCCGACUAUCGAGAGAAACACGGGACACUGAACGCAGAUUAUCCCGCGAAUCUUUAAAUGUUGAACGGCGAUUGUCAAAAGAAACUCGUGAUAGUGAACGAAGGAUGUCUCUUGACAGACGUAGUGUAGACACCAGAUUAUCAAGAGGUGAUGCUGAAAGACGUUUGUCUUUAGCUAGCCGAAGUGCAAGCCGCCAACUAUCGAGAGAAACACGAGACCCUGAACGCAGAUUAUCCCGCGAAUCCUUAACUGUUGGACGACGAUUGUCAAAAGAAACUCAUGACAGUGAAAGAAGAAUGUCUCUUGACAGACGUAGUGUAGACACCAGAUUAUCAAGAGAAACACGUGACACUGAACGCAGAUUAUCUCGUGAAACCCUUUCUGCUGAACGAGCAUUAGCUCGUGAAUCCAUCAAUGCUGGGCGACGACUUUCAAGAGAAACCCGUGACACUGAAAGGAGAUUGUCUCGUUCUAGUCGAAUUUUAGAUCGCCGACUAUCAAGAGAAACGCGAGAUGCUGAACGAAUAUUAUCCCGUGAUUCAUUAAAUGUUGAACGGCGAUUGUCAAAAGAAACUCGUGGUAGUGAACGAAGGAUGUCUCUUGCCGGUCGUAGUGUAGAUCGAAGAUUAUCAAGAGAAAUACGUGAUGCUGAACGAAGAUUAUCCCGAGAAUCCAUUAGUGCUGAACGACGAUUUUCAAGAAAAACUCUUUCUGCGGAACGUACAUUAGCUCGUGAUACUGAAAGCCGAUUGUCCCUUGCUAGCCGUGGUGUAACAGAUCGCAGAUUAUCAAGAGAAACACGAGAUACUGAACGAAGAAUAUCUCCAAAUUCUGAAGAACAAAUAUCAAGAGAAACUCCCAAUACUGAACGUCGCAUGUCUCUUGCCAUUCGUAAUGUAGACCGAAGAUUAUCAAGAGAAACACGAGACAAUGAACGCAGAUUAUCUCGUGAAUCUCUAAAUGUUGAACGACGAUUGUCAAGAGAAAAUCGCAAUAGUGAACGGCGUAUGUCUUUACCCAACAGAUCUAUUGAUCGCAGAUUAUCAAGAGAAACGCGAAAUUUUGAACGCAGAUUAACUCGUGAAUCACUUGACACUGAGCGACGACUUUCAAGAACUACUCGUGCGGCUGAACGUCGCAUGUCUCUUGCCAAUCGCAUCACAGACCGUAAAUUAACAAGAGAAACACGCAAUGCCGAACGAACAUUAUCCCGUGAAUCUAUCGAACCUCGUCUUUCUAGAGAAACACGCAAUGUUGAAAGGAAAGUAUCUCGUGAAGACUUAGUUACACGGGUAUCAUCAAGAGUGGUACGUAAGCCUGAACAAAGAUUGUCACUUCAAAUCCGUGACUCAGAAAGACGAAUUACACCAAUCAGUCAAAAUAUAGAACGAAGAGUAUUAGAAAGUAAUGCACGUGAGAUCCGUGAUGUAAAUCGAAGAUCUUCACGUAAUAAUGAAGAAAAAACAUCACGAAGGCAAAUAGUUCCUCAACAAUUUUUAAGAGAAACAAAUCGACGUCAAACAAUCCAAUUUGACCGCCGAUUAACAAGCAAUGUACCUGAACGUGAAAUUCGUCAUGAAAGACGCACCACAGUACCUGAAGAUCGUCGAUUGAAUAUUGUACGACGUGUAGAUAAAAAUCGACGAUAUGCAAAUGAUUAUGAGCAAACCAUGAUGAAAUCACUAAUUCAUCGGGAUACUCGUAAUAAUGAUUUCACUCAACAGAUUCCUCUACUAACGUAUAAAGCCAAUUCGUAUGAAAUUAGUUUCAUACAGAUUUUGUUAUUAGGAUUAAUUUCCUAUCAAUUGCUUAGUGCCAAAAUUAAAAAUGGAGAUAAAUUUUAUGGGUAUUCCAUUGUGCCAAAAUGGGCAUCAAAAAUGAAAAUGGAAUAAACAUGCAAGGCAACAUCCAUAAAACUUAUUUCAACUCUAGUCCAAAAUAUAGUAGAAAAAAAAUGUGGCUAAACUAAGUCUAUUGUAGAACAAAAAUUUUAUAAGGUGAUUCAAUUUUUAGUUCGUUUUUAAUACGAAUAUUAAAUAGGUACAAAUGCAACAAAUACUUUCCAAUGAUUAGUAUUUUAUUUUCGAGAGUACAUCUUCCAAUUAAGAAUGGAAUAGUAUUUCAUUCAAAUGUUAGCAUGUUUUUAAUGAUUUGAGCUUCUAUUUCUCUUUAAUUGAGCUUUUUAUCGCUUCAAAUGAUAGUCAAACAGUUCUUCAAUAUUUGUAAUAAAUGAAGUUUUGACGGUAAAUUUUGAAGUUUGAAACAUUUUUAAUAAAAAAUUUUCAAUAUUGAUCAAGCAUAUAUUAUUUCUACUGAAUUUCUAUUACUUGAAAAAUGACCUUAAAACUUCGUGCGGCGAAACAAUCGCUAAUUAAGAAACGAAUCAAAAGAUGAAUCUCCUUUUAUAUAUUUUAUUUAUUGUACAGUGUAGAAAAAAAUUGUAGUGCUAAAAAAUAUUAGAGAUCUUUAUUCUUGUUAUGA